AUGAAUAGUUUUAAUCAAUAUAAUCAUUAUAUAAAGAAUAUAAAAGAAAGAUAUAUCCCUAGAAUUACAUCCCAACAAAUAGAUGAAUUGCAACAAAAAGGUCUAACUCAAAAAGAUAUUGGAGAGGUUUAUCAAAGAACUGAUAGAACUAUUAGUGCUUUAGAACUUUUACUUUCCUAUGAUGAAGAUGACAACACUGCAACUUUACAAGAAUUAUCAGACUACUUAUUCCAGCAAACAGGUCAAAGGUUUAGUCAAGCAACUAUCUUUAGAGUAUUGAAAAGAGAAAAGAUUUAUCUAAAAAAGGCAGAAAAACAAUACUCCGAGCAAGAUGAAGAAAAGGUUAAGAAUUUUGUUAGAGAUAAUUAUCGAUUACUUUCUUUAUCUUCUUUUUCGGCAGUAGAUGAAUGCGGAUUUAACUUAGGAGCAGUUCCUUAUUAUGCUCGUUCUCUUAAAGGAAAAAGGGCAGUAGUUAAAAGACCUGGUAAGAGAGGAAGUAAUUAUACUCUAACCUUAUGCGUUCAAAAUGUGAAAGAGAAAGCAGUAAUUAGUUAUAAAUUGAUUAAAGGAGGUUCCAAAACUAAAAAUUUUCAUGAGUUCUUGUCUAAUAUCAAAUUCACCACUCAUUUACUACUAGACAAUGCUCAAAUUCAUCAUGCUACUAAAUCCUGUCAAAAAUUGGGAUUAACGACUAUUGCUGAGUUAGCCAAGCAAAAGAAUAUUAAACUUGUUUAUUUACCUAGUUACUCUCCUAAAUUGAACCCAGUAGAGAAUUGUUUUAGCGUGAUAAAAAGUUAUUAUCGGAAGAAGAGACCUAGGAGCGAAGAGGAGUUGAGAAAAAUUAUUGAAGAAGUGAUAGUUAAAUUGCAACAGCAAGAUAUGACUAAAACUUUCAAGAGUUGUUUUGAAAGAGGAAAUUAA